UGGGCACCACAGAAGAAGAAAAGCCGGAUGUUCCGGAGUCUAUGAGGUGGCUGUCGGGCCGUGCAGGUCCCGGACUUUGUGGUUUCCGUGGUCCGGAUCGAGGCGUGGGUCCUCAGUGAUGGGGGUCUUGCUGCUCUGCCUGUCCCUGCUGGUCUCUGCGGUUCCCCCUCUGAACGCCUGGGACGCGGACCUGGAGCUGCUGGACCUGGUGGAGGAGAUCCCGCAGACCUUCUACAAGUUCCUGAACGUGGAGCAGGAGGCAUCGGCAGCAGAGAUAAAGAAGGCGUACCGCCGCCUGUCCCUGAUUCUGCAUCCUGAUAAGAACAAAGACAAAGAUGCAGAGACUCAGUUCAGACAGCUGGUAGCCAUCUAUGAAGUCCUCAAGGAUGAAGAGCGGCGGCAAAAGUAUGAUGACAUCCUGCUGAACGGACUCCCUGAUUGGAGGCAGCCGGUGUUUUACUACAGACGAGUGAGGAAGAUGAGCAAUGCCGAGCUGGGCUUCCUCCUCUUCCUCAUCCUUACCGUGGGACACUACGCAGUCAUCUGGUCCAUCUACCUGGAGAAACAGCUGGACGAGCUGCUGAGUAAGAAGAAGAGGGAGAAGAAGAAGAAGUUGAACUCCAAACCUGCAGAGGAGCUCAGGUGUAUCGGUCAGGAGCGGCCCGACAGAGUCCAGGAGCGACCACACUGGCAGGACAUCCUUCCUCUGAAGCUCAGCAUCUGGAUCUACCUGUCCAUCAAGAACCUGCCUCAGGCCGUGCAGGAGGUGAAGCAGUAUUAUGAGGACUAUCAGCAGAUGAAGCAGCAGCAGAGAGAAGCUGAAGCUGAGCAGGAAGCAGCUCCACGAGAGAAGCGGCCAAAGGUGAAGAAGCCCAAGGUGGAGUUUCCUGUUUAUGAGCCAUUAGCAGAGAACCAGACACAGACCCAGAACUAUGACCAGGCCACAUCCAUCGAGGACAUUGAGGAGCAGAUGGACGAUUGGCUGCAGGACCGCAGAGCCGCCAAGAAGAAGGCUGCUGACUGGACUGAGGAUGAGCUGAGUCUCCUCAGCAGGUUGAUGGUUAAAUUCCCAGGAGGAACUCCAGGCCGCUGGGAGAAGAUCGCUCACGAACUGGGUCGAUCUGUCACUGAUGUGACAACUAAAGUGAAACAAGUGAAAGACAACGUGAGCCACACCUCAGGUCUGGUGAAGCUGUCAGAGCUAAAGGCGCCUCCUCUUCCUGUGAGGUCACAUCCUGUGGAUGACAGUAUAAUGACUCAGAGGGUAGGCGGAGCUUGUGAGGAGGAACAGGAGGAGGAGGGAGAGGCUCCAAUGGUACGGAGGAGGAACAGGAAGUCCUCGGACGGGGGGGAGGCGAAGGUCAGAGGUCGUCGGCAAAGAGAUUUUGACCCAGCAACAGCAGAGGAAGAAGAGAGGCCGGAACCUCAGCCGGAGCCCGCCGUGUGGACUCAAAACCAGCAGAAGCUGCUGGAACUCGCUCUGCAGCAGUUCCCCAGAGGGACCGCCGAACGCUGGGACCGCAUCGCCAAGGUGGUCCCAGGAAAGAGCAAGGAGGAGUGCAUGAUCCGGUAUAAGAUGCUGGCCGAACUCGUUCAGAAAAGGAAACACGCCAAGAGCUGAUGAAAGAUUCUGAAGACUCCGCCCCCUCUGAUCAGGUGACAUGUGCCCUGCCUCCUGAUUGGACAGAAUCACAGCGCUCAGAGGGCCAGACCAUGAAGCGACUCACAGAUUAGAGAAUCGAUCAGAGGUUCUCCCAGACUGAGAAUGCUCAUAUUAAAAUGUUUUUGAGUUACUGAUUAGAAAUCUGUGUGAUCUCAGUUGACUGAUCAAUAUACUAAUCUGUGAUCAGUCAACAGAGGAAAAACAGCAAUACCGAUGACAUCAACCCAUCACGCUUUUGCCUCAUGGCCCCGCCCUCUGUUAUGUGUGAAACAGGAAGUGACCUCAGUUUGACGUGCCUUAAUCUCCGUUCAGCCAAUCAACGUGUUCACUGAUCAAUAAACAGUAUUUAUUACCUGCUGUGUUUGUUUUUCAGAGAGAGCCUGACUGAAAUAUUUAUGAUAGAGCCAUGAUGUUUAGUAUUGAUUAUUGAUCAGCUCAUUUUACACAUGAAAUAAAUGUGACCUUUAUUUCCUGUUUGUUUUAAAUAUUGAUCAGAAUCACAGAGAAAAGUUAUUGAUCAUUUUCUGUUAAAAUGUUUUUGUUGAUCAGUUUCACAGAUCAAUAACCUGAUAGCAGCUUAACGCUGAUCAAUAAGGCUACAUUUUUAUUUAAUAAAACUGUUUCCAUGGUAACCACA